ACGAGACACCAGCGCGAGCAGGAGUGUGUGUGCAACCAUGGAGCGGGGUGGAGUGUGUGAUAUUUAGAGGAACACCAAAAGGUUUCUGAGCGGCAGGACGUGCAGCAUCUCCAUGGAUCUUUAAAAAACCCGAAAAACCGCCUGUGGAUGCUCCGAAAAGUCCUGGAUAUUAACAUUUAAAGGAGGAAAACGUGGGAAUAUUUCACUCUUUUUCACAUUUUUGGGGGUUUCUCUAUCAGAUCUGUGGAAAAGGAAGGGAUUCUAAAGAAGUUUUUUUUGCGCAUGAGGCUGCAAACACACAUCUAGAGGUUUCCUUUUUGUAUUCCCACCGGGGGAUGGUUGUGAAGUGUUGAUUAUUAAAAGCCUGGAAACUAUACUGUCCUCCAGAAUCCUCUCCUCUCUCUCUCUCCACUGGGUUUUUACUUCAGGCUGGUGUGGACUUUACAGCCAAACUGAUCAUGCGAUGACUGAGCGCGCUUUGGGCACAUCUAGCGAGUCCAUUACAGGAGGUGAAUGAUGGCUGAGGAUGGGGGAAAUCCGGAGGGUCUCUCCUCUCUGAACCGGACUUUCCUCCGGCUCAACGACCUGUCCGGUGGAUCAGGAAGAGGGGGACCGACGGAGGAACCGGCGCCUGACCGGAUCUCUGCAGCCGGAGAUGAGGCGUCUGAAGGCGGGGAUGAGAGCCUGCCUUACCCCGCCAUGGCCCCGGUGGUCUUCUUCUACCUGAAGCAGACCACCAGACCGCGGAGCUGGUGUCUGCAGAUGGUCAGCAACCC